GCCAAGCGGGCCGUGCCGGGCCGUGCCGGGCCGUGCCGGGCGCUCUGACGGGGCGGGCGCCGCCUCCGCCAGCCGCGGCGGGCAGGAUGCAGCAGGCGGUGGAGCGAGCGAGAGCGGCCUUCAAGUCGGGCCGGUGCCGCCCGCUGGAGUUCCGGCUGCAGCAGCUGCGGGCGCUGGAGCGGCUGGUGCGCGAGAGGGAGCGGGAGAUCCUGGGAGCCAUCGAGGCGGAUCUGCACAAGUGCGGGCACAACGCGUACAGCCACGAGAUCCUGGGCGUGCUGGCGGAGCUGGCCCUGGCCGUGGACAGGCUGCCGUCGUGGGCGGCCCCGCGGGCGGCGGAGAGGAACCUGCUCACGCUGCGGGACGAGGCCUACGUCUGCUCCGAGCCGCUGGGGGUGGUGCUCAUCAUCGGGGCCUGGAACUACCCCUUCGUGCUGGUCAUGCAGCCCUUGAUCGGGGCCAUCGCGGCAGGCAAUGCGGUGGUGGUGAAGCCGUCGGAGAUCAGCGAGCACACAGCUCGGCUGGUGGCGGACCUCCUCCCCCGGUACAUCGACCCGGAGUUGUACCCUGUGGUCACUGGAGGAGUAGCCGAGACGACAGAGCUGCUGACACAGCGAUUCGAUCACAUCCUCUACACUGGCAGCUCUGCAGUGGGUAAAAUUGUGAUGACAGCAGCUGCCAAGCACCUGACGCCGGUCACCCUGGAGCUGGGUGGGAAGAGCCCCUGCUACAUCGACAAGGACUGUGACCUGAGCAUCGCCUGCAGGCGGAUAACGUGGGGGAAGUACAUGAACUGUGGGCAAACCUGCAUUGCCCCUGACUACAUCCUCUGUGACCCAUCCAUCCAGGACAAGGUGGUGGAGAAUAUUAAGACGACUCUGCAGGAAUUCUACGGGGAAGAUGUGAAAAAGUCCCCAGAUUAUGAGAGGAUCGUCAACAAGCAUCACUUCAGGAGGGUCCUUGCCCUGCUGGAAGGGCAGAAGAUUGCUUACGGGGGAGAGGCUGAUGAGGCUUCUUGCUUUAUAGCACCAACGAUCCUCACCGACGUUUCCCCAGAGGCCAAGGUGAUGGAGGAGGAGAUCUUUGGACCCAUCCUUCCUAUUGUGACGGUGAAGAGUGUGGACGAGGCCAUUGAGUUCAUCAACUGUCGGGAGAAACCGCUCGCCCUGUAUGUCUUUUCCAACAACAAGAAGUUAAUCAAAAGAGUCAUCUCAGAAACCUCCAGUGGAGGAGUAACUGCAAACGAUGUCAUCAUGCACUACUUCCUUGCAACCUUGCCUUUUGGUGGUGUCGGUAACAGUGGGAUGGGCGCAUACCAUGGCCGGCACAGCUUCGAGACCUUCUCCCACCGCCGGGCCUGCUUGAUCAAGGACUUGAAGAUGGAGGGGGCAAACAAACUCCGGUACCCACCUAGCAGCCAGAAGAAGGUGGACUGGGCCAAGUUCUUCCUCCUGAAGCGAUUUAACAAGGGCCUAGUGGGACUGGUCAUUUUGGCCCUGCUGGGGGUCGUGGCAGCAGUGGUGAUAAAGAAUCACCAGUCUGUGCUGAAGAGAAAAGCCCUCUUGAUUUUGCUGGCUGUUCAGAGGCUGGGCUGGCUCAGUGUGUGUUAAGGAGAAGCAGGUUUCAAAGCACUGCUGUUGCUGUUACAGUGAGAUGGUUUACUACUGAAGAAAGGAGAAAGUGCCAUAAUCAGCAUGCCAUAAUCAUAUCUUGAGCGCUUGCUUGGUAUCUGUUUUCCUAAGUUGAGAAAUCAUUUUUUUUUCCUUUGGUGAUGCAUUAUUUCAGUGAGCUGUCAAGCACACAGAAUAAGUUUAGAAAGACAUUAACCAGGACUCAUGUUUACUAAAAAGCCAUGCUGAAAUAAGGGACCACUCAGUAACAAACUGUCAAAAGGAGGACUGAAGAGCAAGAGAUGCCUGUGCUGCCUGCUACCACCCCGUGCCAUGCAGAGAGCUGCUUCCAGGGAUGCAUGCUCUGUCUUGCACCAAGCUACUCAGCUUUCUUCAGUGAUAAGCGAUCUCAGCAUUCAGCUGUACCUUAGUAGACAGUGUUUUCCCUACAGUUAUUAGGAUCUCUGGUUUUGGUUGUGCUCGUAACAGCCGCCUUCUGGUGACUAGUCCGAGAUGGAAUGUGCUCCUAGUAUGUUGGCUACUCGUUUUUAUCAAUAGUGAAUGAAUAAAGUUAGUGAGGUUCCCACUUGUCUACUAAUCAAGGUGAAGUAUCCAUGGAUCCCUUAAAGCAGGAAUUGUCCACAGCUGGUCAGAGGAUGCAGGCUCACAUCCCUGUUUGGGAUCUGGGUUUCAUGACAUGCCCAUAAGAAUUGAUUGGCUUUUAACAAAUUUUGAAGAAAGUACUUGCACCACGUUAUUUUGCAAAUAAGAGUAUCCUGUGCUUGCACAAAACAACUUACAGGCCUGUUUAGAGAACUGGGAAUGAGAAAGAACCUGUUCCUGCUCUGAUCCCUCGAAGGAAAAAUGAUUACAGAAAGAAAAUGUAUUCCCUUGUGUUUGAGCCUCUGGGUUAGUUAUAAUCUUGCACUGGAAAUAAUGCGGGAGCUGUUCUAGCUUGGGGAGUGGAUGCUGGAGAAAUUUAAGGCAUGAUAUUAAAAGAAGGAAAAAUUAAAAAUAGUGCAUAAAUUCUCGACAAUAUAUAGUGGAAAAUUAUAUCUACUGUGCAAUAGAUGGGAUUUCUUCAUGUCCAGGGAAAAUCCUUGUGCUAAGCUUUUAUAGUAAUAUAUUUUGCAAGUACUAAAUAAACACUGAGAAUUAUGUAAUAAAGCAG